AUGCUCAGUAGUUCAGUGGCCAAGGUCUGGCCGCCAGUCGGAAGCUGUGUGCGUCUCCGGCUCUAACCCCCGGCCGGGCCCAUGCGGACUGCGGAGCUUGAAACCCCCCGUGCGCCCUGGGCGCCCUGCGCCUAAGUCCCCGGCAGGCUGCGGGCCGGAUGGCGGCGGCGGCGGCCACGGGCGCUCGCUCCUGGUUCGGCGGAGGCGGCGGCGGCGGCGGCGGCGGCGGCAGCAGCAGCUCAGGCUCGGGCUCGGGCUCCGGCUCCCGUCUGGGGAGCCCGGCCUCCAGCCCCCAGCUCGGCGGCGGCGGCAAGGGCCGCCCGCAGCCCGGCCACACGGGCCAGGGGCAGGGCGCCGGGCAGGGGCAGGGACAGGAGCCGGGCCCCAAGCCCUCGGCGUCCCCCGCCGCUCCUCCGGGCCACAGCUUCAGAAAGGUGACGCUCACCAAGCCCACCUUCUGCCACUACUGCACCGACUUCAUCUGGGGACUGGCCGGCUUUCAAUGCGAGGUCUGCAACUUUAUGUCUCAUGAAAAAUGCUUGAAACACGUGAAGAUCCCAUGUGCCUGUAUUGCUCCGAGCCUGGUCAGGGUUCCAGUCGCACACUGUUUCGGCCCCCCUGGACACUACAAGAAGAAGUUCUGCAUUGUCUGCAGAAAGCCACUAGACUCCCUUGCGUUUCGCUGUGAAGUUUGUGAGCUAUAUGUGCAUGCCGACUGUGUCCCCUUUGCCUGCAGUGACUGCCGCCAGUGUCAUCAGGAUGGACACCAGGACCACGACACAUACCAUCAUCACUGGAGGGAGGGGAAUAUCUCAUCGAACGCACGCUGCGAAGUGUGUAAGAAGACCUGCGGGUCCUCAGAGGUGCUGUCAGGCAUGCGGUGUGAAUGGUGUGGCAUUCUGGCACAUACGGCCUGCUAUGCCGUCGUAACCCCUGAGUGCACAUUUGGCCGACUGAAGAACAUGAUUCUUCCCCCUAACUGUGUGCGUUUGUCCUCUCGAAAUUUCAGCAAAAUGCACUGCUUCCGGAUAUCAGAGAGCGUCCAUACGGAGCCAGAUGAUGGCGAUGAUGCUGUGGACACUGGCCCAGCUCCAGGGUCAUUGAAAGAUGCCCAGAUUUCUACAGACUCCGGCAAACAGACAUUGAAGAUCUUUGAUGGUAGCGAUGCCGUGAAGCGCAACCAAUUCCGGCUGAUCACCACUCCUAGGAUAACAAAGACAGGGGAGGUCGUGGAGGCGGCCCUGAGGGCUUAUUACAUUAACGAGGACCAGCGAGACUUUGAGCUGCAGACAUUAGCUCAGCAGGCCAUGGCUGAUUGUGCAACUCACAAAAAUGGAGGCCCAGAGGAUGCCAGCAGCAUGAGUGUUCCUUCCGUAUUCAGAGAGUCCAUGCCUGAAGCCUGGAUCAUUCAUGCCAAGCCCAAGGAUCAUGAAGUUAUAAAGAUUUACCCAGCUUGGCUGAAGGUUGGAAUGGCUUAUGUCUCCAUUCGAGUGGACAAAGAGAGCACUGCACAGACAGUGAUGAAAGAAGUCCUCCCGUUGCUGGGGCGGCCGGCAGAAAGUCUCAAGAAUUUCCGGCUUGUGGAGGUGCUCAUGGGCAGUAAGCAAGUUCAGCGGAUGACACUGACUGAUGAGGAAUUAAUUCUCAACAGGCUUAGAGACAUCCGAAAGACUUCCAUACGUCAAAUGAACCAAACGAGAUUUUAUGUGGUGGAAAAUGACGAUGCCGCCACACAAGUGAACCUGUUUGUUGGGGGCCUGCCCCCCCAGCUCUCUGCUGAAGAAUACACUCAUAUCCUAAAGGAGGAUUUGGCUAUCAAAACAAAUCUAGUGACAGUAACUCACGUUUACACAAAUCAAGGGGCCGUUGUACUUGACAUCUCCUGUUUUUCGGAGGCAGAGAGAAUGUAUAUGCUCAUUAAGGAUACAGUGGUCCAGGACAAGCAGCUGACUGGAAUUGUGUUGCCGGAAGUGAUGCACACGAAGCUGCCCCCAGACUGCUGCCCACUCCUUGUGUUUGUGAACCCGAAAAGUGGAGGGCUGAAAGGCCGCGACCUGCUCUGUAGCUUCAGGAAACUGCUGAAUCCUCACCAGGUCUUUGAGCUCACCAAUGGAGGCCCUUUCCCUGGGUUUCACAUGUUCUCCCAAGUCCCCUGCUUCCGAGUCCUGGUGUGUGGUGGGGACGGCACCGUGGGCUGGGUGCUGGGAGCCCUGGAAGAGAUCCGGCACAAACUGGCAUGCCAAGAGCCUUCUGUGGCCAUCCUACCUCUGGGUACAGGUAAUGAUCUGGGCAGAGUGCUGCGCUGGGGAGCGGGCUACAGUGGGGAGGACCCAUUCUCCAUUCUGGUAUCUGUGGAUGAAGCUGACGAUGUCCUCAUGGACCGAUGGACAAUCCUUCUGGAUGCUCAGGAUGUUGUCGAGAACACUGAGAAUGGAGUGGUUGAUCCUGAGCCCCCAAAGAUUGUACAGAUGAACAAUUACUGUGGACUUGGAAUUGAUGCAGAAUUGACUUUGGAUUUCCACCAUGCAAGAGAAGAGGAGCCGGGCAAAUUUAAUAGCAGAUUCCACAACAAAGGGGUGUAUGUCAAAGUUGGGCUACAAAAGAUCAGUCACACCAGGAACCUCCACAAGGACAUCCGACUUCAGGUGGACCAGCACGAUGUGGAAUUGCCGAAUAUCGAGGGGCUGAUCUUCAUCAACAUCCCCAGCUGGGGCUCUGGAGCUGAUCUCUGGGGGUCCGACAACGAUGCUCGGUUUAAGAAGCCACGGAUUGAUGAUGGUUUGCUGGAGGUGGUUGGGGUGACGGGCGUCGUUCACAUGGGACAGGUGCAGGGGGGAUUGCGCUCAGGGAUUCGAAUCGCCCAGGGUUCCUAUUUCCGGGUCACCCUCCUCAAGCCAAUCCCAGUACAAGUUGAUGGAGAGCCAUGGAUCCAGUCCCCAGGGCACAUGAUCAUUUCUGCUGCUGGACCAAAGGUUCACAUGUUGAAAAAGUCAAAGCAGAAGCCAAAAAAAGGAACAGGAAGUGUGAAGGAUGCCAAAAUUGAGAGCUCCGGAGGCUCAGAAGGAGAGAUGAAAUAGAAGACGGUGUGGAGGCCAAGGCCAAUGAAUGCUUCCUGUUGUACCCCAGGGCUGGGGCAGGGAAUUGGGGAAGGAAGGCUUGCUGAUAUACCAUGUUCAUCGCUGCCUUUUCAUCGUGUUUCCUGUAUGUUAAGUCCCAUCUGCCCCUUGUGCUCUUUGGCUUGGAAACGUAUGCAUUCCAUGGCUUUUCAGGAACCUAUUCCUUCAUCUUGAGGUUUGCCAUAUAAAGAAAUUAGAAGAAGAAACAGAUUAUCCCCAGUAUAAGCUUGGGGACAAGGUCACUCAUUAACUUGCACCAGAAUCAAAUCAGAAGCAUCUACUUAUCCAUCGAAUGCAAUUUCUGGCCGUUUUUGUCAGGCCCUUAGCUUGCUCUUCCCAGACCAAAAAGGGUUCAUGUACACAGCUGCUCCCAAGGAAACAAGAAUCAGAAAAGGUGUGGGCAUUUACCUCCAUUACUGAGGUCAGACUCAUCUGGCACCAAGCUGGCUUUUCAUUAAGUUCUUGGUGGUUGUGAAUGUUUGCGGCAAACUCUAAUGAUGCCUUCCAAACAGUUUUAGCUUUGGUCACAUCCUGUCCAAAGCCACAGUUUGGUAGUACAGUUUAGAUUAAGGCCCUGACCGUAGCCAGUUUAUUCCCUUUGCCUUUGGAGUGUUUGAUGGAGAUAUUUGUGGAAUCAGUCACACCUGUUACAUCCCCUACUGCCGAGUGCCAGACUUUGUUGUGGUGAGAAUCUGUGGUCGACGUGUACAUAUAUUCCUGAUUGGAUGACAGAGGAUGUCAUCUUCGAUGGAUGCUAUAUGCCAGUCUUUAAAUAAUAGACUUAAGGGUGCCAAGGACUCCCAGUGUGUGUACAGUAGUGCCACUGAAUUAAAAUGAAUAUUAAAGACAAGAAAUACUCUCUGGAAAAAUUUAGGGAAAGUAAAAAAGAACAGAUGCAGUUUUGAGAAGAUAAAGGGUAAAGGAAGGAAUGAAUGCUGAUGCACAGUUUUUUGUCCUCUCCUUUGGACGAUAUCAUUCAGACAAAUCGCCUCCUAUUCCCACUAGAAGACUUUGCACUGAGAACCAGUACAGGUGAUAUUGCUAUAAUGUCUUAUCUUCCCCUCAUGGGCUUCCCUCUGCAACCAGUCCCUUGAAGGGUGUUUUCUUGCCAUUACUUUCCUCUCCUUUUUACUGGCCUGUCCUUUAGCAUCUUGGCCAGUGCGGUAGCCAAUCUGAUCACGUAGACCUAAGAAUGACACUUCACUAAUGUGGGGACAGCCAAUGGGUAAUACAACUUCACCUAUCCUACAAGAAUGCUACACUCUUUCAGAAUGAAAAUUAACAUAAAGAAUUAGGCAUUUCCCUUUGGGAAAAAAAAUAACCAUUCUGUAGAUUUCCUUAUUUCUUGCCAAAUGUGUGGGGUUCUAGAGGCUGGAUGAUGCACUAAAAUUAGAAGUAUUUUCUGAAGAUUUCAGAGGCACUCCAAUUAGGAAGAUUGAGUUAACAAUGAAAAGGCAUCAUUUCUUUGUCUUGACAGUUUUAUACCAAAUUUUUAGUCUGUGUCUACAUAAUGGAUCAAGUCGUCCCCAAGUGACCUUUGUCUGAACAUUUGACCCCUUCCAUGCCAGAGACCGUUACCUAUGGCACCUGCAGAGAGCUGAACAGUCUGCAUGAGUGAUUAGGUCUUUCCCUACCUAGUGGUACUGAGAGAUGUGCCUGGUGUUCUUGGGCAUUCAGCUUCAGAUCCCACCCUUCAGACCUGGCCCACCUCCCUCAUCCUCACACCCUACCUCUGGAUUAUUGUCAGGACCAGUAGUCACAAUGUGACAGGGACUGUUUUGGUGAAACAUCCUACUGGGGUCUCUUUUAUUCAGCUGCUGUUGGCUAUAUACUCAGUCUUCUUUAAAUGGUGCUUUGGCCACAAGACAUUGGAUAGCUAGGGGACCUAGCCUCAUUCAGUAGAUGAGUGUCACUAAGGUGUUAUCCUCUGGGCAGAUUGCUAACCCAGCUGAGCUAACUAAAGAGGCAAGAAAGUUUACAUUUUGUCAGAAUGUAGGAUCGAUCCAUUUUUCAAGGGCUAUGAAUGUUUUCAGGAAAUAGAUAAGGCUGUCUGACUGCUGAUAUAAAUUUCCAAGGUUUCAGUUGCAAAUGCCUGUUUUACUUCAAAAUGAGGAUUUUUAAAAAAAUGUACAUAUGCUAAAUCCAACCCAAAACUUAGGUAGAGAUUACAAAAUCUUCCUGUGCGUUAGGCCAAAUCUCCCAGUCCUUUGUUAAUCCUGUAGUAGUGUGGAAAGAGCCCUUCCUCUGGAGGUGGAUCAGAUACUUCCCACUGCCAGUGCUCACUACCUGUGUGGCCCCCUUCCUGAGCUUCAGUUUCGACAUCUAAUGGCUUCUUAGGGCCAUUCUUACCCCAAAUCUUUGAUCCUAACACAGUGUACGAGAAAUAUGGAGAUAUUUCAUUAGGAGAAAUUAAUCUACAAAUGCUUUAAAUAUAUAUGAGGCAUUUUUUAUCAUCUCACAUUCUAUAUUUUAUGGUCAGUAUUUUUAUAUUAAAUAAGCAUUGCGAUACAGCAGGGUACUUGAUUUCUCAGCAGCAAGGUUCAUGGUGGGUAAUAUCUCACUGAUGGGUGUUAGAACCUACUUAGAGUCACUCUCAUCUCUGGGGGAGUGGACAUGGAGGAAAUGUAGGGUUAUAUAAAUGUAGGGCUUAUAGACCUUGUUUCCCAGCAAAGAGCAGAUGAGGCACUUGGAAUUUUCCUGCCUGAGCCAGGCAAACCCUAUUUUUAAGUGUUUGAAUUUUUGUAUGAAAGUUAAGUGGUUAUCUGCUCUGAAAGCUAAAACAAAUGAAGCACAUAGCAAAAAGUAUUCCUUUUUCUUUUUAAGGUGUUUUAAAAUUUAACUUGGUCCAAUGAUACCUCUUAACCUUCCCUUGGUAAGUGGGAUGCUGGCACUUUUUAAUAUUUAGAGAACACCGACCAUUACAGAACUGCAGAGAAGCAUAGAGAACUUAAGAGUCCAGUCCUCUCGUUUGACUAAGGAAGAAAGUGAGGCCCAGAGUGAGGAUGUAAUUUAUCCACGUCCACUCUUAAUUGGGAGGGCUGGGAUUCUACCUCUUCUGCCUCUCAAUCUUGUGUUCUUUCCAUUCAUUAGAGCAGGCCAUCUGCAGUAACUAAAACUGAAAAGCCUAUCACCUACUUCCAAAGGUAGGAUUUUCUGUCCUGAGGGAAAGAGCAAUAAACAAAUUUUUUCCUCUCUUGUGUGGUCAUUUGCCCUGAUGAUAGACUGAGGAUUAGAGAAGUGGACUUUUGUCUUUCUAGAAGACUAAAGACUGUAGACAUGAACAUCCAUACAUAGUUAAACUAUAGGACUCUCCCCGAUCCUAAUUGAGACCUUUCCUGUAUCAGUCUUUUCUAAGAUUCUGAUGGGUUGAAUGUCAAGCUGAGAACAAUCUUGGAGAUAUUUAUUUAGGGCCAACUAGUGCAGGAUAGUUGGAAAUGGUUGCCUAAAAAGAUCUUUAGAUUCUGAAAAUCAUGUGUAACAUUUCAUUGUUCAGAACUCCAAGGAUUAAUUCCCCUCUUGAUAUAUUCCUGGAAGAUGUGACUUAAGGGUUCUCUUCUUUAAGGCAUUUGUGCUUUCAGACAUGACAUUUGUAUUCGUCAACUUUUUGCUACCAGUGUCUGUGUCUGGGCUAGGACCUAGAAGGGAUGGGACCUCCUCUUCAACUCUUACGUUCCCUGAAGUUUACAAAGAAUCAGUUUCAGCUGCUGGAACAUUAUCAACCCCGUUUAUUUGGAACUCUCUAGAUCCGAAUUUGUAAGUCAGGACCAUACUUGGGCCAAAGUUUACUUAUGAGUAUAGCUUUAUUGAAUAAGUUAGCAGUGUAAAUAAAUAUGUUUGAGUAGGGGCAAAGCAACUUUUAACCUACUUAAGAGAACAAAUUGUUCUCAAGCACUUUAGAAGCACACAUUUACUGAUAGUUAACAGCAAAUUGCAAAUAAUUCUUAUCAAUUCUUUGAAGCAGACUACUUAUUUUGAGCCUAGUUGAGUUUCUGAAUGUACUUGAAAGUAGUAAGACUGAAUUUUUUUCUAAAAUUUUUUUUAAUUUGAAUUGUUUGCCAAUUCAGACUGACCUUCCCCAAAGUUAAUCUGAACCUCCUAUGCCUGGAUUCUCACAUAAAAAGUAUUAAAAAGUCGUUUUUGCUUUGCCUAGUUCCUCCUGAAAAAGAAGGCUAAUUUUUAAAAUGUAUAAAGAUAAAUAAGAUGAUAUCUGGGCUGUCCUUUGAGGCUCUCUGAGGAAAGAAUUAUGUAAACUCCAGACUUUGCUUGUUGCUAUUUCUGUCUCAAAUUUUAUCUCUAUUUUAAAAGAACAGAAAAUCCCUUUAUUGUGAAGAAUCUAUCUGGGCCAGUGGUCUGUAUACAGUAGAUGCUUAGGAAACAUUGAUAAAUGACUGACAGAUUAUGUAAUAUUCCUGCUUACAUUUUGAACCAAACUGGUUUCUGGAGAUAAGAGGCCAUUAGGUCCCCAGGUGUGAAGACAGUGGCUUUCUAUGUUACUCAGAUGGCCCAUGCUUCCUCCAGUGACCUUUCUGAAAGUGUGGUGUGGGACCGAGAGUUUGAACUGCAGGCAGUCUUUGAUUGUGGAGGGAGCUGGGCUCAGAUACCUCUCUGUCUAAACUGAAAUCCUUUGGAGUCUUUAUUUCAUCAGCUGUUGGCAAUAAACAGUGCACCCAUUUUCUUACUCUCAAAAGAAGUUUGGGUCCAUGAAGUCGUGGGCUUUGGGGAAUAAUUCUGAUGCUUUCCCUUUUUUGUUGUGGUAAAAAAUGAAAGGGCUGGGAAAAAACAAACCCAAAACAAAAUUUAAAAAGGAAAGAGGCUGGCCCAACCCUCUUCAAGAUGAGCCAAGUUUGAGAAGCCGAGUGCCUCAGUAUAUGCUAACAUUGAUUUUUAAGUGUUAAAGUGGAACCACGUGGCCGAUGCCAAGGAAUCAGUCCAAGUGGGUCAGUCAGCACCGUCCAAUUCUGAUUUCUUGCUUAUCCUCCUUCCAGCUUCUGCCAAACUCUGUGAACAGAUGAAUUGUACCUGUAAACCAUUCCGCGAUGGAAUACCAUUUCCUCAUCAUGUGCCUCCAGUAUGAGAAUUCUCAUUGCAUAUGUUUACUUGCAGUUUUUCAUCUUUAAAAAAAAAAUUUUAAUGGUGUUACUAGUUUCUGUUCAUUGCUUGGCAAGCCACUGUAUUGGUUCCUGAUCUGUAAGAAUUAUUGUUUCUCAAUUGUAGUCAGUGUACAAAGAAGAUUAAGGUGAACUUUUUCUUUUUAUAUUUAAGUAUGAGUUUUGUCUUCAUGUCCCUAGACUGUUUUCUGUAUAUAUUUUGCAUUGUAGCCAUGUGGUGAUUUUCUUCUGACUGCACUUUGCACUGACCUGAAUUCUGAACUCUAUGUAUAAUUUAUGGGUAUCAGAGAUAGAAAAUAAUUUAUAUCUGUGACAAAUACAGUACUGGUCAUUUCCAUUGUA